CAAUGAAGGAAGCUUUGAAAACGGAGGUGGGUGGUUCCUACAUCCCCAACCAACUAGUGACCUAAGUGGAGAAAUUCAGGUUCAGUCUCCAAGUACAGAUACCUACGUAGGUUUCGGUAUUGAUGAUGAGAUAAUGUCCGCCAUUCGAAACGAAUUACUGACCAAAUUACCACACGCACAGGGAAAUAACACGGACAAAGUUAAGGAAGAAGAUGAAUGGGAGACCUUAGAACGAAACGAAGUAUUUUUACGAUAUAACGUCUACAAUACUCCGCUAUCUCCGAUACCAGAAGAAAGUUUGAUUGAAGACGUUUCUGGUACAGCAUCUCCGAGGAACGAAAAGGAACUGGAUGAUGGCGAUUGGUCCGGACGAACCGACACAGACACAUUAACCCACGAAGUGGAAAGCACUUCAGCCCACACUCUGGAAAGCCCCGUUAGAGGUCCUCUAAAUCGCCACACGCCAAGCCAAGAUUCUUGUUGUUCGAACGACACCCUCUUCAACUUGGAAGAUUUGGUUUGUGGAAUUACAGAUAUCGAGAGAGACAGAGAUAGUCCUUUGAAUGUCAACGUCGAGGAAAUACCGUCGGAAGAUGCUGCCAAAAGUGACAUAGAUGAGAAGAGUGCGAAGAAUGAAAGUAGCGGAGCUGAAGAUAGCAUGGAAAGCAAUACAAAACCACAAGAAAUCAACCAUUUUCUCUCUACCGAAAGGAGCUAUUCUGCGGUUGUUCCUUUGCCAUCUCCAGAAGAAAAUCCCUGGAAACACCUUCCAGCUUCACUUCUAAACCACAACCAACUAUCGCUGAGCAACACUCCUUUAAUUAAAGAAGACACAAAAUCAGAAGAUUCAAAUAACUGUGAUAUUUUACCGAAAACAGAAAUUGACGAUGACGACGCUGAUAUUUUAAGAACAGACUCCAUAGAACAAGACGAAGAAAGUGAAAAUAAUAAUCUUACCUUCAACCAAACUCAUCCUCAGAUUUUGGAUUUAGCUGUUACAGUGGAAUCAAAUACACAAGAUGAAGAUGUGUGCUGCAGUAAGGAAAAAGACGUACCUACAUCUGAUCAGGAGACUUCGGACAAAGAGAACAUCGAGCCGCUUUAUCAGAAUUCUGAAGUUAAAGAUACGGUUUUGCCUAACUCCGAAAACGAAAAAGCUACCAAAUUAGACGAUCAUCUGUACGAAAAUUCGAAUGUAAAAGAUACCGAACGACUGUACCAAAACCUGGAACCAAACUUGGACCCAUUCGACGAUUACGUCAAUAUAGUUAAUAUGGAGAAUAACAAAAAUCGCCUGGAAUCCGACCUUCUAGAUAAGGAUCACACAUAUAUCAACACAUUCGAACAUAUCGAAAAGGAUGACGACGAUAGCAUUUACGGCCUUUUAACUGAUAUUAGGUUUACAGGACCUGCAGAUAGCCAGAUGAUGUCCACUUCCUUUAGCGAAAAUAACGAUGAGCAGGGAUGGGAGAGCGGAUCUGAUUCCAGAUCAAGUUCUAGUGGAGAGUUUAUAUGGCGGGAAGGGGAACAUGAGGAGUCUCUCAAGGCCCUCAGGGCUGCUCCUCAAGAUGUGCUGGAGUCUAUCACACCAAUGGAAGGGAUCGCCGAAGACAAUUUUGAAGAGAGCGACUUAAGUAGUACCUUCAGCGAUGAUGAGGAGUCUCCCGAAUUUGUACCUUCAGCUUGGGACAAAUUUGCAAUGCCUAGCAAGUCAGCAUUGAGGUCACCAGAGAAAACGCCUAAGAAAAGAGAAGAGCAAAAACCCAAAGGUGUCUGGUUCAAAAAGCAGAAGUAUCAUUGCAUAUACGAAUAUCCGAAGGAACCAGAAAGUCCAAUAUUGUCAAAUCCGGAUGUAUGGAAACAACCAGAAUUUAAAGUUUUUACAGACAGUCCGACGAACUCUAACAUGUCAGAAGACUUCUUCAUCACAAGUUCUACUCAACCUUUCGACACUCAUAAUCUCAGCUCACAGUUUUUCCCCGGAAGUAGUUCAUGGAACUUCGAUAACGUUACGCCGGAUAGCGGCAUGGAAGAUAUCACACCAGGAAGCAUUUCAGAUGCCAAUGAAUUUGAGACCUCAACAGUAGUGCCAACUUUAAAACAACUAGCUUCCGACGUAAUCAAUAGAAAGAAGACUUCAAAGAUUAGUGGUGGUGAUGUUCUCGGAGGUCUUAGGCAUACCAGGAAGUUAUUAAAAUUGGACUUACCUCCUAGCCCUAGUGCUUUCACUUCUGAUAAAUUAUUUACCGUUGAACCUACCGUAGAACCAGUUGUUAGAGAAAAGCCUAGUUUUACUACAUUUGGUAAAAGUAGGUUUAUGGUUCAACACGUAGAUACUCCUGACGAAGUUAAAGGCAAAAACGUUUCGUUUGAAGCCUUACCCUACAAACCAAACAGCCCAGUAGUAGAAAAAGUCAAUCUAGUACUGGACGACUUACAACACUUACCCGAAGAUUUGUCGUUCGGUAAAUUUGACUUUGUAGAAAGAAACUUGAUAAAAAACGAGGAUGACAAGUGUAAAACAAAAGUCGAGUUUGUACGUGGCGAGGCGAGUUUGUUAGAUAGCGGGGACGAGGAUAGCGGGAUUGAAUCUACUAGUACCUUAGAGAGAAAGUUAAGUAAUCCAGAGGUAUAGGCAAUAAAGUCACAUAAGAUGGGGUUGUUAGAAAGUGUUUAGUUAAGCACAAACUAUAAAGGGAUAAACAUUAUAUAUAUUUUCACGGUGUUUUGAUGCCGAUCUUCUUGAGGACUUCUCCUAGAGUUCAUUGAUAUUUUUUCAUUGUUUUUGUUGCGUCUUUAGUAUGCCUUCAAAAAAUCUUUACGUUACAUACGCCCUUUACUCUUUGACACGUUAAUCUGCUGACUGCACCUAUUUUUCGUAUUUACAACUGCCCAUGGGCUUUUCCGUUUCCAAAAAUGCAAAAACAUUUCCUACCUGUUACUCUCUUUGAACUCUCUACCUGUUACUUACUAGCAAAAGAUUCUCCUUAUCAUGAAAGUAAUGUGAUAGUAUGAUAUAAUUAGUGUAAGUAAAUGUUAAAAAUUAUUUUUGUAAUUAAAAUAAACCUCAUAAUACAGUACUAUCACAGUUUCCGAAAUUACUAACAUACUUAAACAUAAAAAUUGAAUCUAAAAUUAGUGUAAAUCACCAACAGCAACUAUUUUAUUAGCUUCAAAUGCUUUAGCUUUCAUAAUUAUCAUUGGUAAGUUCUUCAGAAAUAUCAUUCAGAAAUUGUAUAGUGUUAAAGACCUCACAUUCACCAUCAUCAUUUUUAGGUUUGCCAGAAGUUAUCCUCAGACAGUGCGUAAUAUUAAUAACAUCUCGUUCACCAUUGCCAUUUUUAUGUUCCUCAGAAGUGACAUUCACACAGUGUGUAGUAUAUCAUCGCGUUCACCAUUGUUAUUUGUAUGUCCUCCAGAAAAAAAUAGUUUUCUGCUGUCAAAGUAAUCGCUGAUGUACAAAGUUAAGAAAAAGUUUUUGUGUCACGAUUAAAAGUACAUUUACUUACACUAAAGCAAUAUUUUGGCGACCAACCUUAAUAAUGCUAUAAUUAGACCCAAACCCUGACAUCCAAAGUAAAAGUUAUUCUCCAACUCCAAAUUGUUCUAUAUGGUCCACGUCCACAUAUAGGUAAGCAAAAAGUUACUCUAUUUCGAGCGUCGGGUUUGGGGGGAAGUGGGGAGAAAAGUCGGUAAAUUGGUGAUUUUUUACGUUUUUCGCAAAUAUUUA